AUCGAUCCUGGAGCCAACGAGUCCACCAUGGACCACACAUUCCGUCGUUAGCUGCCUCUCCACCCUUCAUCAUCUCCCUCGUUAGCUCCUUUCUUCCACCACCGCAGCGCCACACCUCCACUGGUGAUCAACCAAAAUCCGACAACCGUUUCCCUGUUUCCUUGAUCAGGCAUCCAGAUUUUUGCAGAUUUGUUCCCUGCGUCGUGGAGCACUACCACCCGCUCUUUUUCUGUCAGGGGGAUGGUGGUUCUCGCGAAGCUCGGGGCGCCGAGCAUGCCAGGUUUUAUGAUGGACAGAAGGAGACUGAUGUUGAUCCCUUCAAUUACCAUUGGCAUCACCUCCUGUCAGUACACAUUUGAGAAAGCAGCGGCGAAAGCAGAAUUUGCUGAUAUGCCUGCACUUCGUGGUAAAGAUUAUGGAAAGACAAAAAUGCGGUAUCCAGAUUACACUGAAACAGAAUCAGGUCUCCAGUACAAGGACUUGCGGGUUGGUGAUGGCCCUUCCCCAAAAAAGGGGGAGAUUGUUGUGGUUGAUUGGGAUGGCUAUACAAUUGGAUACUACGGUCGUAUUUUUGAAGCUAGAAACAAGACGAAAGGAGGUUCGUUUGAGGGUGGUGACAAAGACUUCUUCAAGUUUAAGGUUGGAUCAGGACAGGUCAUACCAGCUUUUGAGGAGGCUAUAUCAGGCAUGGCUCCCGGAGGAGUUAGGAGGAUAAUCGUACCACCGGAUCUUGGAUAUCUGGAUAAUGACUACAACAAGUUGGGUCCAAAACCAACGACAUUCUCGGGACAAAGAGCUCUUGAUUUUGUUCUACGGAAUCAAGGCUUGAUAGACAAAACUCUCCUAUUUGACAUUGAGCUUCUCAAGAUAAUUCCAAAUCAGUAGUAUAUGAGGUAUGAUGAUUAUUUUGGAACAAAGAAACACAUGUUAUUCACAUCUGUUAUUGAAGAACUGUGGUAAAAAAUAUAUAAUGUGUCAUCGAAUGUGAAAAUAAAUUUGCUAGGCAUAUGUGCACAUACGUAAUGAUGCGGUAAACGUAUCUACAUACAUCUCCACUUUAUAUGUCUCUUUUCGAAAGAUGCUUAUGAAGUUUUGUACUGAAGCUGUAUUUUAAUACCUCUUUGUUCACCACUACCGAGGUUAUAGAGGAAGUGAUCAGCUGAAGAAUUGCGGAAAGGAACAACAGCAUUUGAGCUGCAAAAGUUGUAAAUAGACCAAAAUCUUGGCUCUGUCUAUCUUGAAUGAUUCCUUUGUAGCUUAAUAACAUGGUUCUUUGGCAAUGAGUGAAACUUGAGAAUUGGUUGCAUUGCAUUGCAUUAGUGCUGGAGUCAUGAGGAAGAAGGUAAUGCUAAAGCUGUAAUCGAGUCCUUCAUUAUUUAGGUUCACUUCA